GCCUCGCAGCCAUUCAGUUGACAGCGUCGCGAUGCGUCAUGUAUAUCCAGGAGCGAAGUCCUCACAGUAGUAGAAUAAGCAAAUACGACGCUUAUCCCGAUGCGCAACGCUGGCACUGCCAUGUUAUAUCGAAACCGAGUUCAGAUGAAAGUUUAGAGUCUCAGGAUUACUGCGGAUUCACCGGGACAUUAAGGAUCGCGUUUUAUUUCACGGAUCCGGGAUUAUUACGCGUUCUCGAUCUAUUCCAGAGACUCUGGAUUCAGACUGCGGUGAUGGGAGAUCAAUGACCAUAUUUUCUGUUUAACACUUCCUGAUCAUCACUUUACACCAUCGGAUUGUCAAAAAUGAGCGAAGAACAAGAAAACGAAGCGCUUUUCAACCAUAUGGGCAAGAAAUGCACCCUGAAUAACUUGGACCCAGACCUGAAGAAACUCUUUGACAUGUGCGGCAUCUCAGAAGAUCAGCUGAAAGACAAAGAGACGUCGAAAGUCAUCUAUGACUUCAUCGAGGAGAAAGGAGGAGUAGAGGCUGUAAAAGAUGAACUUCAACGUCAGGGACCUUCAGGACCAUCAGGACCCUCAGGACUUGUUUUGCCAAUGGCGACGGUGGACAUAAAAAACCCAGAGAUCAACACACGUUAUCACAGUAACUCUCAGAUGAACAACAUCAACCUCCACAGCAACUUCAAGAAGAAAGACAAGGGCAAAAACAAGAAAAUAUCUAAGGCUGAAAUUGGCACCCCGAGCAAUUUUCGACACGUUGGACAUGUAGGCUGGGAUCCCAACAUAGGCUUUGAUCUGAAUAACAUGGACCCGGACCUGAAGAAACUCUUCGACAUGUGCGGCAUCUCAGAAGAUCAGCUGAAAGACAAAGAGACGUCGAAAGUCAUCUAUGACUUCAUCGAGGAGAAAGGAGGAGUAGAGGCUGCAAAAGAUGAACUUCGACGUCAGGCACCUCCAACUCCAAAAGGAGGUCCACCGCCACCACCACCUAUCCACAGCUCAGGACCUCCUGUUUAUAAUCCGGAUACGUGUCAGAUCGGACUCAAUUUUGCCAGUGAAGAGGACGCCAAGGUCUUCAAAGCAGCGGCCAACGAUCCUCUUGGCAAAAGACUGAGAAAAACCGAGAAGAGACGCGAGCCCUCUAAUGGACCUUCAGGACCAUCAGGACCCUCAGGACUUGUUUUGCCAAUGGCGACGGUGGACAUAAAAAACCCAGAGAUCAACACACGUUAUCACAGUAACUCUCAGAUGAACAACCUCCACAGCAACUUCAAGAAGAAAGACAAGGGUAAAAACAAGAAAAUAUCUAAGUCCGAAAUUGGCACCCCGAGCAAUUUUCGACACGUUGGACAUGUAGGCUGGGAUCCCAACACAGGCUUUGAUCUGAAUAACAUGGACCCGGACCUGAAGAAACUCUUCGACAUGUGCGGCAUCUCAGAAGAUCAGCUGAAAGACAGAGAGACGUCGAAAGUCAUCUAUGACUUCAUCGAGGAGAAAGGAGGAGUAGAGGCUGUAAAAGAUGAACUUCGACGUCAGGCACCUCCAACUCCAAAAGGAGGUCCACCGUCACCACCCAACAGAGGGCUCGGAUCAGCUCCAAAAGUUGAAGAUGAAGAUGAGUGGGAAGACUGAUAAAAAGUUUUCCUUUCCUGGAUUCACGUGCAAUUUUACAUCAAGUCUUCUUGAUUUGUAGAGUUGAAUAUUUUCGGGUCUUUUUUGUAACAUUCGCUAAAGGGAAAUCGAUGUCGAUUAUUUGACGAGAACACUAUUUUCAUACUUUUCUCCUGUACUUUACCUUUUCUUAUUCAGAUCCUAGUUAAGCACUAUUAUUUUCUUAAUGAAAAUGCAUAUUUCGUUCCGUUUCUAAUAUGUACAUUUGCUCAGAGACUCGGUUUAUAUUUUUGUAUGAACCGAAAAAUGAUAAAAAAGACUUGAUGAUGGGGAUAUGAUCGCAAUGUCACGGUUAUGUUUACACAAUGUGUGCAAGCUGCUCUUUCAGAAUUCCCGGAUAUAACACUAAAGUUAUCAGAAAUAAUCUCUGUGUAUCUGUCUUUGUGCCAGUUUGCAUUUUUAAAUGCAAAACAAUAAUUUCUCACAUGUUUUGUGUGCCAUUUUUAAACAUCUUAACGUGAUUCAUACGCUCUCAGUCUUCUAUGCGACUCGAAACCUUUGCAAUGAGGUUGAACAAAAACAUUUUAAUUGUACAUUUUAAUAAAUGUUCAUAUUUACAGAA